AACGCGCGUCUUCGCCGCAGCGGCGCGUGCGCAGGCAUCCGAACCACCGUUGCUAUCAUGUGAACUAAUUUGUGUAUGAUUUUGUGUGUUUGGUAGAUAAAAUGUGUGUGGUAAAAUGCAGUUUUACGGUGUUCCUCAUGUUGAUCAUGUAUAUUGAUUCUGUUCCAGAAGCGGAAGGCAGUUUGAUGUCGAUGGUGGACUUCAGGUACUGGCGCUGCGUCAUGAAGCGCGACUGGGUCUGUCCCAACGACGAGAUCAACUUCUACCUGUUCACGCCGGAGCACCAGCGGGCGCAGUGGGUGGACGUGCGCUACACCAAGUACCUGAAGGAGUACGGCUGGAAGACCUCGCGGAAGAACGUCCUCAUCAUCCACGGGUUCAACGGGACUUACUCUAAGACGCCCAUGACUUUUAUACGCGAUGCGUACCUGUCUCGCGGCGACUACAACGUGUUCAUGGUGGAUUGGUCUCCGCUCACCAGGUUCCCCUGCUAUCUGUCUUCUCUCUCUAACAUGAGGUUAGCGUCCCAAUGUACAGCGCAGCUAUACUCCCACCUCACGCAAGCCGGGGCCCUGGCCAAGAUGAUCACCUGCGUGGGCCACUCCCUGGGCGCGCACAUCUGCGGCAUGAUCUCCAACCACCUCACGGAGAAGCAGUACAAGAUUGUGGGUCUAGACCCAGCGCGUCCCCUGAUCAACUCUUACGGCUCCAAGGAGUUCCGACUGGGCCGGAGUGACGCGGAGGUGGUCCACGUGCUGCACACCAACGCGGGGUUCCUGGGGGAGACGGGGCAGGUCGGCCAUGCGGACUUCUGCAUCAACGGGGGGAGGUGGCAGCCGGGGUGCAAGGGGCAUUACAUGAGAGUAUCCCGUUGCAGCCACUUCAAGAGUUCUUGCUACUUCGCGGCGAGCGUCAGAAAGCGCCUGCGCAUAGUGGGGGUGCCGUGCAACACUAACUGCCCCAAGGAGGGGGGACGGUGGGGGGUGCGGCUCGAUCAGCGGGCCGUCAGGAUCGGGGAGGACACGCCUGACAAUGCUCGAGGGAUGUACUGUGUCAGCGUCGACCACGAUGAAGAUUGUCCAUUUGAUUAACAUCAUUAAAAGAAUUCCUGAAUACAAUGAAAGCACAAUAGUCUUCACCAGUAUAUCUACAACAGUUUUGCGGCCUGUAUCAUCACAAUUUGUAAAUAAUAUAAUAUCGAUCCAAGGUUUGGAGCAAACAGCAGCUUGACAUGUCUACAUGCUGAUAUUAAAAGUAUUUAAGACUAUGAAUAAGUUAACUUUUAAUUAAAUAUUUAUUGAACU